AAACCCCAAUAAACAAAAGAAGAGGAGGAAGAAGAAGGAUAUGAUUGUGAUCUCGUGUUUACGUGUUACACACCUUAGUGCUCUUUGCUCGAUUUAAUUUGAAAGGGACAUUAGACCUAUUAUAUAAUCGUUCUUUAUUAUUGUUUUAGUGUAGAAACUGCGGCACAGACGACGCCAGUGAGAUUACCGCGGACGUAUUGUUAAUCGGUGGCUGUCUGUUCUAUUGCAGGCUAGGUCGCUAGCUUUGGGUAGCUACCUGCCCAAAUCCGUAGACCGAAAGCGAGCCAGAGGCAGUCAGCCAUUAUUUGAUCGCGCGUACCUGCCCUCUUAUGCACUGACAGUAGUCAUGGCAACUAGGCGCCUGACCGAUGCCUUCUUAUUAAUGCGGAACAAUGCGAUCCAAAACCGACAAAUAUUGGCUGAGCAAGUGAGUACAUAUGAGCCCCGUCGUACUCUGAAUACACGUAGCAAUGCUGCGGAGUAUGAUGAGCUGGUUGAUGAUCGAAUGGCUCUGGUGUCUGGAAUUAGUUUGGAUCCAGAGGCUGGCAUCAGUGUUACAAAAAGGCUAUCACCCAAAUGGAUAGAGGGUGUGGAUGAGAUUCAGUAUGAGAUCAUACGUAUACGGCAGAAAAUGAAAGAGCUAGCAAGUCUGCAUGAUAGACACAUGAACCGGCCGACACUGGAUGACAGCACCAAGGAAGAGCAUGCCAUCGAGAUCACUACACAGGAAAUCACACAGAUGUUCCAUCGUUGUCAGCGUGCAAUAGUGGGGCUGCAGUCUCGGUCUGGUCACUGUACAGAACAGGAGGGGAAGCUGCUCAGAAAUGUCAUCUCCUCAUUGGCUCAGAGCCUUCAGGAGCUCUCAACCAACUUUAGACACACACAGUCCAGUUACCUGAAACGCAUGAAGAAUCGUGAAGAAAGGUCUAAACACUUCUUUGACUCUGGGCCUUUAAUGGAGGAAGAUGAAGGCAUAGCACUACAUGACAGGGGUUUUACAGAUGACCAGCUUGCUCUGGUGGAGCAAAACACAGUAAUGGUGGAAGAGAGGGAGCGAGACAUCCAGCAAAUUGUACAGUCCAUCUCUGAUCUUAAUGAGAUUUUUCGAGACCUUGCUGGUAUGGUGGUAGAACAGGGUACAGUUCUUGACCGAAUUGACUUCAAUGUGGAGCAAUCCUGCAUCAAAACUGAGGACGGACUGAAACAGUUACAGAAGGCUGAACAGUACCAAAAAAAAAAUCGAAAGAUGCUGGUGAUUUUAAUCCUGUUUGUCAUAGUCAUCAUUCUAAUACUUGUUCUGUUUAUGACAAAGUUUUAAUCAUACCAUGUAUGUGUACCCAAUUGAAGAAGCAAGGUGUUUUGUGUGAACUUCCUGUGCGCCAUCUAUUCUCACAUAAAUGCAAUAUAAAGAAACAGCACCCACUAAUGUUCUUCUUGUGCAGAUUUUGGAGUUUAAAUAAAUCCAGUGACACAAGCAGGGUGCAGUUUCCCCUCCUGUUACACAGGCUUGGAAGCAAUCCAGUGCUUGAGCAUGAAUUGUUGUCCAUAAUUGUUUUCAAGUGGUGUUGUUCACAGUAAGGACUGGAUAUGUAAGUAAAAUGACAGUGUCUUCUUUAAUACUGUUGCUAUACAGAAAAGCAACUGUCUGAUCCACCCAAAAGCUAGAAGCCUAGUUUUGUCUGUCUUUUUCUUACCCAAAAGUUUAUUUUUACUUCCAUUCCUUGCCCUCAAUUUAAUUUGUCAUGAACAACAGCAGAAAACAAAUGAAGAUGCUAAAACAACAAUUCUUUAGUUGUCGGCCCUUUUAAAAUGAGUCGUAGUUUACGGUUAUAACGUGCACUCCAGCAUGCUUUCACAGCGUUCUUGAACUUGAUUCCAGAAGUUGCUUAAUGAGAAGGAAAAACAGGGAGAUACCAUGAAAAGUGAAACGUUUGUUCUAGUAGUUCAGAAACAUGAGGGAAAUUAUUUCCCAAGUGACCAAAUUUUCUCUUGAUCAUGAGAGAAUUAUGAUCCAAAUAAAUGUCAUUGUGAACAGUUGAGCUUAAUGUGCAACUUAUUGUACACCAUAGCUUUAUUUCAAUUUGUUUUGGGUGUUGUCAUUUUGCCUGUCUCAAUUAAAUGAUGUUUUUGAUAACCACACAUUUGUGUAUAUUAAAAUUUACCCAGUUCAAUCCAAUUCACUCCCACCCGCCAUUAUUUUAGCUUGGCAAGCUAUUUGUAAGGGUUGAAUAUGUGACUGUGACUGUAUUUAUUGCACCUGUCUGUCUCUGAUUAAAGACCCUGCCAGUUUUGUCAAGCUGACCUUUGACCAAACACAACUCAGGUCGAUGUAUGUGACCGUACUACUGCUGUGUUCUGUAAAAUAUGAAAUUAGCAUGCAAUUUCAGUUAUUUAUUUUAAAAACAAAUUAUUCUAGAUGGCCAAAACUAUGUGGACACCUGACCAUCGUACCCACAUAUGCUUGUUAACAUCCCAGUCCAGAUUUAUUCUCCUCAUUGCUAUAACAGCCUCCACUCUUUUUUCAAGGCUUUCCACUAGAUUUUGGAAUGUGCCUGUCGGAAUUUCUCCUCAUUCAACCACAAGAGGAUUAGGGAUGUUGGGCGAGAAGGCUUGAUGGCACAGUCAAGCAAUUCACCUAAAGGUGUUCAGUGGGGUUGAGGUCAGGGCUCUGUGAUGGCCACUGAGGAUGUCACGAUACCAAAAAUCUAGUAGUCGGUACCGAUACCACCAAAAGUACAUGAUACUCGAUACCAAAGUUGAUAGCACGGUGUGUAAAAAAAACAAAAACAAAAAAAAACCUCUCCUGACUCCUGGUGGACAUCCUCCUCUGGCUGAUACUGGCAAAGAAAGAAAGAGAGAGAGAGAGAGAGAGAGAGAUUUUAAUUAUCAAACAUACUGUCUGACAAUGACUAAUAAAACAGUGGAGGCUACAGGUGCUAAGGUGCACUCCUAAACACACACACACACACACCCACACCUUAUACUCUGAAUGCAAGCAUUAGUUUAAAUUCACUGAUAUGGUGACAGGCCAAAAACACGUGUUAAAAGCAUGAACGUUUGAAUAAUUAUUAGUGACAUUAGGCUACAUUUAGCUGACAGGAUGGCGAUGCAUGGUGGCCCAUUAGCAGGUAGUUUAUAACAUUGCAAUGCGUUAGCCAGUUAUUUGUUAACGACGCUAACGCAAACAUUACACAGAGCAUAACCUUAGCUGGUUUCCUGGCAACAAUGCCAGCUGCCUCAAACAAACAUAAUAUAGGGCCUGUGUUUCAGGAUAAGGAUUAGAAGUUUUACAGUUUGUAUAUGAUGUUAAUAUGAUUUGAAACUCACUCACCUGGAAUUCUUUGAAGAGAUCGGGGUGCCUGUCUUUCAGGUGCUUUGCCAAAUUCGAGGUGUUUCCUCACUUUGAAAUGAAUGAUAGCAUCGGUUGCACACCGGCUUCAGAGCAUCGAUUAUAUGUUUGCUGUCAUCCGCCUCGAAAGCAAAGUAUUUCCAUAUUCGACUCUACCACCUUUCCUCUCAACGAGUCAGGGCGGAGCUUAACUUGUCUCCAUCUUCUGUAGUUUUUCCCGUGUGCUUGUAGGCGUUCUUCUUUACCACUUGUGGACCGACUAAAACACUUACACAUAUUUGCUGCCCCCUUCAGUUCCGGAAGAAUUGCAACCUCCGUACCUUCAUUACCAAUGGUACCUACACUACUGCAGAAAAACAAGUACCGUCACGUCUUAAGAAUGUUGGUACCAAUGUAUCGGUUCUCGUGACAUCCCUAUUUGCCACGCGUUCUUCCACACCAGCCUUGGCAAACCUUUGUUUAUGGAGCUAAAUUUGUGCACAGGGGCAUUAUCAUGCUGGAACAGGUUUGGGUUAGACCACUUGGUUCCAGUGAAGGGAAAUCUUAAAGCUACUUCGUACAAAGACAUUCUAGACAAUUGUGUGCCUUUAACUUUGUGGCACAGGGAAGGCCCACAUGCAGAUGUGCUGGUCAGAUGUCCACAUACUUUUGGCCAUAUGGUAUUUGUAGAGUGCGAAUGUUGAAGAUACAGGGUCUGUCUUCAGUGUAUGCAGGGAAAAAAAGGCUUUUAAGUUUGCCUGUUCAGAUUUUAGAUGUUUUUUUGUUUGUUUGUUUCAAGAAUUUCGUAUUCUUUUAUGAAGAGGUCUUCAUA